AUGCCAGUAGAGAACAGGUCAGACAGACAGGCUGGUUCAGCCCAGAUCAGCCGAAAACGCAAUGCCCCAUGGGACGGUCACAGCGGCGACCGCCUCGGAAAGCGACGGUCAUCAAAGGCCUGUCUUUCGUGCCGUAGCCGCAAAGUGCGAUGCGAUGUCGUCAACGGAGGGGUUCCAUGCAACAAUUGCCGUCUAGAUGAGCUUGAAUGCGUGCUUAAGGAGUCGAACCGUGGCCGGAAGCCCGGGUCGGUCACUCGUCCAAGGGCUCCGGCUGCUGUCAUGUCGCCUCAGCCAUCCAUACGAGUGGCGAGCGCCCAGGAGCCAGAGCGACACCAGCCGCGACAAACACGGCAACCUGAGCAACCGGAGUCGUCCGGGCAGUCUAAUUCAUCGCCUUGUGAUCGAUCUCUUGACAGCCAGGACGAGUCCCUUGCUUCCUUAGAAGCCCCAGAAGAGCAUGGCCAACUGCCCAACGAGGAUGAGGGUUUGGACGAUACUGGUAUUCAAACUCCUCGACAAAGUCAGCACACGCGCCGCCAAGGAUCAAUUGAUAGAACACUAACAAGCUUGGCCGCGCGAGACAGUCAAGGUGGGACACCGGCUCAUACUGCUGAUGUCCAUCGAGGCGAGACACCAUCCCGUCUUCCUUCUUAUAUUCGCCCCGUCCCUCGUCACCUUGACGCCAAGGACCUCGACUAUCUGAUAGAUAAACGUUGUCUCGAUAUCCCGGAUGUUGAGUUUCGGGACGAGCUUCUGCGAGUCUUCAUCUCAAUCGUGUACCCAUUUAUCCCAGCUAUCGAGCUAGAGGACUUUAUCGAUUCUGUCUAUCGCAGAAACAGUACCGACCCGGUUAGCCUAUUGCUUUUCCAGUCAGUCAUGUUUGUCAGUAUUGCGUUUGUAGAUUUUGAGUUUCUGCAAACAAGAGGUUAUCCGAGCCGGAAGUUGGCACGGAAAGCUUUCUUUGACCGUGUCCGGAUUCUAUACGGGAUCAACUACGAAUCAGAUCGGCUGGCUUUAGUCCAAUCAUUGCUCCUUAUGACAUACUGGUACGACUGUCCCGACGAUGACCAGGAUACCUGGUAUUGGAUGGGUAUCGCUGUAACAAAGGCGCACUUGAUUGGACUACACCGAAGUCCUGACCAACUGAAUAUCUCGCCGCAGGAAAAGCGGUUGCGACGUCGUAUAUGGUGGUGUUGCAUCAUGAGGGACCGGAUGCUGGCACUCACCAUUAGACAGCCGCCUAGAAUUCGUGAUAAUGAGUACAGUGUCAGAGUUCUCAGUCUGGAUGAUUUUGACAUUAGCCCACCCUCGUCUACUCUAGCGAAGCUGUUCAAAAACUCGAAAUUCGCAUGUCCAGAUUUACAAGAGCAGAGAAUUCUGGCGAAAAUGUGCGUAGAACUGUCUAGGCUAUGCCUGAUCCUCGGGCGUCUUCUACGUGUCGUAUAUACUGUGAUGGGCAGCUAUCAAGGAGGCUCAGAGUAUCUUCUGACAGGGGCUGCAGGUCCAAAGAGAUCACAGGAACAAGAGAGAAGUCUAAAAAGGUGCGCUGCAGAGCUCGAGACUUGGAGAGAGCAGCAGGACGACAAUUCUCGGUAUGUUGUGGGGUCUCAUGAGCCCCCGUUACACACAAUGGAGAGCAGCGAGAUACAGAAGUUGGCUCGCUUCCACCAAGCACAACUAUAUCUGAUCUAUUUAAUUACCCUGGGAACCUUCCACAGACCUCAGCUAUACUGCGGUACCUCAGACCGGAGCAGUAGCUUUCUUAAUAAAGAGGCACCCAAAGAUCAUACCGUUGCAGACUUAACCAAACUGGGCUUCGACCUUCAACGCAACAAUCAAAUACGUUAUCUGUCUACGAUUGCCGUCCCAGCUUUCUUUUCGGUAACUGUUGUACAUCUGCUUGAUACCCGUUCAAACGAUGAGGAAACUCGAAACCUUAGCCUCGGUCGCCUCUACCAAUGUGUACACGUCCUUCAACAGUUGCAGGAAAUGUACUCAUCCGCCGAUUAUGCUAUUCAUUUCAUCAAUUCUAUUCUUAGAAACAACAAUAGUGGGCUUCAAGCUGCAUCAUUAUUUAUGAAUGUCUCAUUUGGCAAGGUAGAGGGAGAAUGGAAGUCUCGAACGGAACCGAAGAGCAUGGAUAUGGGACCAAGUAGGGUUGCUGUGGCAUGUAUGUACCCGAGCCCUAGUGCCUCUGGUAACCUCGACAUGUCGUCAGCAGACCCAGAAGAAAUGAAUGCGGAGGGUUCUGUCUCUGGAACAGUGCGGCAGCAACCCACGCCCCUAUCCAACACACUUGAAAGUUGGGCGAGCGCCGGGGGUGCAGAACCCUGCAGCAUCCAGUCGCACCACGACUUUGCUGCCGGUGCAUCCUUCACGGAGACUUGGUGCGGAGUUGAUAACUUUCUCCCUGAACUUAUGAGUUUUGAAGACGACGCUGGAGCUUUUCUUGCUGGGGACUUGUCAGUAUCUCUCUCGUGA